ACGCUUUCCCGCCUCCAGCAAGAUGGCGGCGGCCCUGUCCUGAGUGGGCGGAGUGUGGCUGCCGGAAACCCGGCUGCCGCCUUGGGGGAGCUUCGGGCGAAGGCCUGGGAGCAGCGGAGCGAGGCUGGCGCGAUGCUGUUCCCGGGGAGCGCAGUCGGCUACCGCUAAGGAAGGUGGAGCGAGGCGUUGCCUUUCCAGCGCCCCCUAUGUACUCCUCCUCGCGCUCGGGGCCGGUCGCCGCUUUGCCCGCCUCGGUCCCACCACCGGUGCCUCUCGGGGCCCGGAGCUCCAGCGGCGGCCGGGACCGAGUCCCGCGGGAGGGGAGGCGCCCGGGCGGCGCCCGUGCUUGCGGCCGCGGAGCGAGCGUCUGGCAGGUCCAAGGGUAGCCAAGGAUGGCUGCAGCUUCAUAUGAUCAGUUGUUAAAGCAAGUUGAGGCACUGAAGAUGGAGAACUCAAAUCUUCGACAAGAGCUAGAAGAUAAUUCCAAUCAUCUUACAAAACUGGAAACUGAGGCAUCUAAUAUGAAGGAAGUACUUAAACAGCUGCAGGGAAGUAUUGAAGAUGAAACCAUGACUUCUUCUGGACAGAUUGACUUACUAGAGCGCCUUAAAGAAUUUAACUUAGAUAGCAAUUUCCCUGGAGUGAAACUACACUCAAAGAUGUCCCUUCGCUCCUAUGGAAGUCGGGAAGGAUCGGUGUCAAGCCGUUCAGGAGAGUGCAGUCCUGUUCCCAUGGGGUCAUUCCCAAGAAGAGCAUUUGUAAAUGGAAGCAGAGAAAGCACUGGAUAUUUAGAAGAGCUUGAAAAAGAAAGAUCAUUACUCCUUGCUGAUCUUGACAAAGAAGAAAAGGAAAAAGACUGGUAUUAUGCUCAACUUCAGAACCUCACGAAAAGAAUAGAUAGCCUGCCUUUAACUGAGAACUUUUCCUUACAAACAGAUAUGACAAGAAGACAACUGGAAUAUGAAGCAAGGCAGAUCAGGGCUGCAAUGGAGGAGCAGCUUGGCACCUGCCAGGAUAUGGAGAAGCGAGCACAGCGAAGAAUAGCCAGAAUUCAGCAAAUAGAGAAGGACAUACUUCGUGUACGACAACUUUUACAGUCCCAAGCAGCUGAAGCAGAGAGGUCAUCUCAGAGCAAGCAUGAGGCUGCCUCCCAUGAAGCUGAACGGCAGCAUGAAGGUCAAGGAGUGGCCGAAAGCAACAUGGCAGCUUCUGGUAGUGGCCAGAGUUCAGCCACACGAGUGGAUCAUGAAACAGCCAGUGUUCUGAGUUCUAGCAGCACAAACUCUGCUCCUCGAAGGCUGACAAGUCAUCUGGGGACCAAGGUGGAAAUGGUGUACUCAUUGUUGUCAAUGCUUGGUACUCAUGAUAAGGACGAUAUGUCGCGAACUUUGCUAGCCAUGUCUAGCUCCCAAGACAGCUGUAUAUCCAUGCGGCAGUCUGGAUGUCUUCCUCUCCUCAUCCAGCUUUUACAUGGCAAUGACAAAGACUCGGUAUUGUUGGGAAAUUCCCGGGGCAGUAAAGAGGCUCGGGCCAGGGCCAGUGCAGCACUCCACAACAUCAUUCACUCACAGCCUGAUGACAAGAGAGGCAGGCGUGAAAUCCGAGUCCUUCAUCUUUUGGAACAGAUACGAGCUUACUGUGAAACCUGUUGGGAGUGGCAGGAAGCCCAUGAACAAGGCAUGGACCAGGACAAAAAUCCAAUGCCCGCUCCUGUUGAACAUCAGAUCUGUCCUGCUGUGUGUGUUCUAAUGAAACUUUCAUUUGACGAAGAGCAUAGACAUGCAAUGAAUGAACUUGGGGGACUGCAGGCCAUUGCAGAAUUAUUACAGGUGGACUGUGAGAUGUAUGGGCUCACUAAUGACCACUACAGUAUUACUUUAAGACGGUAUGCUGGGAUGGCUUUGACAAACUUGACCUUUGGAGAUGUUGCCAACAAGGCUACGCUGUGUUCUAUGAAAGCCUGCAUGAGAGCGUUGGUGGCCCAGCUGCAGUCGGACAGCGAGGACUUACAGCAGGUUAUUGCAAGUGUCUUGAGGAAUUUGUCUUGGCGAGCAGAUGUAAAUAGCAAAAAGACAUUGCGAGAGGUUGGAAGCGUGAAAGCGUUGAUGGAAUGUGCUCUGGAAGUUAAGAAGGAAUCGACCCUGAAAAGUGUCUUGAGUGCCUUGUGGAACCUGUCAGCUCACUGCACUGAGAAUAAAGCUGACAUCUGCGCUGUGGACGGAGCACUUGCAUUUUUGGUUGGCACGCUCACGUACCGAAGCCAGACAAAUCCUUUAGCCAUUAUUGAAAGUGGAGGUGGGAUAUUACGAAAUGUGUCCAGCUUGAUAGCUACAAAUGAAGACCACAGGCAAAUCCUAAGAGAGAACAGUUGCCUACAGACUCUACUGCAGCACUUGAAGUCUCACAGCUUGACAAUCGUCAGUAAUGCGUGUGGAACGCUGUGGAAUCUCUCAGCAAGAAACCCUAAAGACCAGGAGGCUUUAUGGGACAUGGGGGCGGUGAGCAUGCUCAAGAACCUCAUUCAUUCAAAGCACAAAAUGAUCGCCAUGGGAAGUGCCGCAGCUUUAAGGAACCUCAUGGCAAACAGACCUGCAAAGUACAAGGACGCCAAUAUCAUGUCUCCUGGUUCAAGUCUGCCGUCUCUUCAUGUCAGGAAACAGAAGGCCCUGGAAGCAGAGUUAGAUGCUCAGCAUUUAUCAGAAACCUUUGACAACAUUGACAAUUUAAGUCCCAAGGCAUCUCAUCGUAAUAAGCAGAGACACAAGCCAAAUCUUUAUGGUGACUGUGUUUUUGACACCAGUCGACAUGACGAGCAUAGGUCAGACAGUUUUAAUGCUGGAAACAUGACUGUUCUUUCACCAUAUCUAAACACGACAGUAUUGCCCAGCUCUUCUUCAUCCAGGGGGAGUUUAGACAGUUCUCGUUCUGAAAAAGACAGAAGUUUAGAGAGAGAACGAGGUAUUGGCCUCAGCACUUACCAUUCAGCAACAGAAAAUCCAGGAACCUCUUCCAAACGAGGCUUGCAGAUCUCUGGCAGUACAGCCCAGAUCGUCAAAGUUAUGGAAGAAGUGUCGGCCAUUCAUGCCUCCCAGGAAGACAGAAGUCCUGCUUCUACCACAGAGUUCCACUGUGUGACGGAGGAGAGGGGUGCAGCGCGAAGAAGCUCGGCCCCCCAUACACAUCCAAACACAUACAACUUCACUAAAUCGGGAAAUUCUAAUAGGGCAUGCUCUAUGCCUUAUGCCAAAGUGGAGUAUAAGAGAUCGUCCAGUGACAGUUUAAAUAGCGUCAGCAGCAGUGACGGGUACGGUAAAAGAGGGCAGGUGAGGCCCUCGGUGGAGUCCUACUCCGAAGAUGACGAAAGUAAGUUCUGCAGUUAUGGUCAGUACCCAGCUGACCUGGCCCACAAGAUACAUAGUGCAAAUCACAUGGAUGACAAUGAUGGAGAACUGGAUACACCAAUAAACUACAGUCUUAAAUACUCAGAUGAGCAGUUGAACUCCGGAAGGCAGAGUCCCUCACAGAAUGAAAGAUGGGCAAGGCCGAAGCAUGUCAUAGAAGAUGAAAUAAAGCAAAAUGAGCAAAGACCAUCAAGGAGCCAGAAUGCCAGUUUCCCUGUCUACUCUGAGAACACUGACGACAAACACCUCAAGUUCCAGCCACAUUUUGGACAACAGGAGUGUGUUUCUCCGUAUAGGUCCAGGGGAACCAGUGGUUCAGACACCAGUCGAAUGGGUUCUAGUCAUGCAGCUAAUCAGAGUGUAAACCAGUCUCUGUGUCAGGAAGAUGACUAUGAAGAUGACAAGCCUACUAACUACAGCGAACGCUACUCUGAGGAAGAGCAACAUGAAGAAGAGGAGAGACCAACAGACUACAGUAUCAAAUACAACGAAGAGAAGCAUCAUGUGGACCAGCCUAUUGAUUAUAGUUUAAAAUAUGCCCCCGACAUUUCUUCCUCACAGAAGCCAUCGUUUCCAUUCUCCAAGACUUCAUCCGCACAAAGCACUAAAACUGAACACCUCUCUGCAAGCAGCGAGAAUACACCCACGCCUUCAUCGAAUGCCAAAAGGCAGAAUCAGCUGCAUCCAAGUUCAGCACAAAGAAAUGGUCAGACUCAGAAAGGGACCACUUGCAAAGUCCCCUCCAUCAACCAAGAAACAAUCCAGACUUACUGUGUAGAAGACACCCCCAUAUGUUUCUCCAGGUGUAGUUCAUUAUCGUCUCUGUCAUCGGCUGAAGAUGACAUAGGAUGUGAUCAGACAACACAGGAGGCAGAUUCUGCUAAUACUCUGCAGAUAGCAGAGAUCAAAGAGAGUGAUGGGACUCGGUCAGCUGAAGAGCCUGCAAGUGAAGUUCCAGCUGGGUCUCAGAGUGCUCGAACCCAACCCAGCAGACUCCAGGCUUCUGGCUUACCUUCAGAAUCAACCCGGCAUAAGGCUGUUGAAUUUUCUUCAGGGGCCAAGUCUCCCUCCAAAAGUGGUGCUCAGACACCCAAAAGUCCCCCAGAACACUAUGUCCAGGAGACACCGCUGGUGUUCAGCAGGUGUACUUCCGUCAGCUCCCUGGACAGUUUUGACAGUCGCUCCAUCGCUAGCUCUGUCCAGAGUGAGCCGUGCAGCGGGAUGGUGAGCGGCAUCAUAAGCCCCAGUGACCUUCCAGAUAGCCCUGGGCAGACCAUGCCACCAAGCAGAAGCAAAACCCCUCCGCCGCCUCCACAGACGGUCCAGACCAAGAGAGAGGCACCAAAAGCCAAGGCGCCCGCUGCUGAGAAGAGAGAGAGCGUCCCGAAGCAGACUCCUGUCAACGCUGCAGUCCAGAGGGUCCAGGUCCUUCCAGACGCCGACACCCUACUGCACUUCGCCACAGAAAGUACUCCAGAUGGCUUUUCUUGUUCAUCUAGCCUGAGCGCUCUGAGCCUCGAUGAGCCGUUUAUACAGAAAGAUGUGGGGUUAAGAAUAAUGCCCCCAGUUCAGGAGAAUGACAAUGGAAAUGAGACUGAACCAGAGCAGCCUGAAGGCUCACACGAAAACCAGCACAAAGAGGUAGAGAAACCUGAUUCUGAAAAAGACUUACUAGAUGAUUCAGAUGAUGAUGAUAUUGAAAUAUUAGAAGAAUGUAUCAUUUCAGCCAUGCCAACCAAGUCAUCACGCAAAGCCAAAAAGCUAGCCCAGACCACUUCAAAAUUACCUCCCCCUGUGGCAAGGAAACCUAGCCAGCUGCCUGUGUACAGACUUCUGCCGUCACAGAACAGGCUGCAGGCACAAAAGCAUGUUAGCUUCACACCAGGAGAUGAUAUGCCCCGCGUGUACUGUGUAGAAGGGACACCUAUCAACUUUUCCACAGCGACAUCUCUAAGUGACCUCACCAUAGAAUCUCCUCCAAAUGAGUUGGCUGCUGGAGACGGGGUUAGAGCAGGACCACAGUCAGGCGAAUUUGAAAAGCGAGAUACCAUUCCUACAGAGGGCAGAAGUACAGACGAAGCCCAGAGGGGGAAAAUCUCCUCUCUAGUUACGCCAGACCUGGACGACGGCAAAGCGGAGGAGGGGGACAUUCUUGCAGAAUGCAUCAACUCUGCUAUGCCCAAGGGAAAGAGCCACAAGCCUUUCCGGGUGAAGAAGAUAAUGGACCAGGUCCAACAAGCAUCAGUGACUUCGUCUGGAACUAACAAAAAUCAAAUAGACACUACGAAAAAGAAGCCUACUUCACCAGUAAAACCCAUGCCACAAAAUACUGAAUACAGAACACGUGUGAGGAUGAGUACAGACCCCAAAGGUAACGUGAAUGUUGAAGGUACUUUCUCAGACAACAAAGACUCAAAGAAACAGAACUUGAAAAACAACCCCAAGGACUUCAAUGAUAAGGUACCAAACAAUGAAGACCGAGUCCGAGGAAGCUUUACCUUCGAUUCCCCCCAUCACUACACCCCUAUUGAAGGAACUCCAUACUGUUUCUCACGAAAUGAUUCUUUGAGUUCUCUAGAUUUUGAUGAUGACGAUGUUGACCUUUCCCGGGAAAAGGCCGAGUUAAGAAAGGGGAAAGAAAAUAAGGAUUCAGAAGCCAAAGUUACCUGCCACACAGAACCAACCUCAAGUCAGCAGUCAGCUGGUAAGUCACAAGCUAGUGCAAAACACCCGAUAAAUCGGGGACAGUCUAAACCAGUGCUUCAGAAACAACCCACCUUCCCCCAGUCUUCCAAAGACUUGCCAGACAGGGGGGCAGCCACAGAUGAGAAACUGCAGAAUUUUGCUAUUGAAAAUACUCCAGUUUGCUUUUCUCGAAAUUCCUCUCUGAGUUCCCUCAGUGACAUCGACCAAGAAAACAACAAUAACAAAGAAAAUGAGCCAAUUAAAGAAGCUGAACCUACUAAUUCACAAGAAGAACCAAGUAAGCCUCAGGCAUCUGGGUAUGCGCCCAAGUCAUUUCAUGUUGAAGACACCCCUGUCUGUUUCUCAAGAAACAGCUCUCUCAGUUCUCUCAGCAUUGAUUCUGAAGAUGACCUGUUGCAGGAGUGUAUAAGUUCUGCAAUGCCAAAAAAGAAAAGGCCCUCAAGACUCAAGGGUGAUAGUGAAAAGCAGAGUCCCAGAAAUAUGGGUGGCAUUCUAGCUGAAGAUCUGUCACUUGACUUGAAAGAUAGCCAGAGGCCAGAUUCAGAACAUGGUUUAUCUCCUGAUUCAGAAAAUUUUGACUGGAAAGCUAUUCAAGAAGGUGCAAACUCCAUAGUAAGUAGUUUGCACCAAGCUGCUGCUGCUGCUGCAUGUUUAUCUAGACAGGCUUCAUCUGAUUCAGAUUCCAUUCUGUCACUGAAAUCAGGCAUUUCCCUGGGAUCACCUUUUCAUCUUACACCUGAUCAAGAGGAAAAACCCUUCACAAGUAAUAAAGGCCCAAGAAUUCUCAAGCCUGGGGAGAAAAGCACAUUAGAAGCAAAAAAGAUAGAAUCUGAAAAUAAAGGAAUCAAAGGUGGGAAAAAGGUCUAUAAAAGUUUGAUUACUGGAAAGAUUCGCUCUAAUUCAGAAAUUUCCAGCCAAAUGAAACAGCCCCUGCAGACAAACAUGCCUUCAAUCUCAAGAGGCAGGACCAUGAUUCACAUCCCAGGGGUUCGGAACAGCUCCUCCAGUACAAGUCCUGUUUCUAAAAAAGGCCCACCCCUCAAGACUCCAGCCUCCAAAAGCCCCAGUGAGGCCCCAGCAGCCACCACUUCCCCUAGAGGAAACAAGCCAUCAGUGAAAUCAGAGCUGAGCCCCAUUACCAGACAAACUUCCCAAAUUAGUGGGUCAAAUAAGGGGCCUUCUAGAUCAGGGUCUAGAGACUCCACUCCCUCAAGACCUACACAGCAACCAUUAAGUAGGCCAAUGCAGUCUCCAGGGCGAAACUCCAUCUCCCCUGGUAGAAAUGGAAUAAGCCCUCCUAACAAACUAUCCCAGCUACCCAGAACAUCAUCUCCAAGCACUGCUUCAACUAAGUCCUCGGGUUCUGGGAAAAUGCCCUACACAUCCCCGGGCAGGCAGAUGAGCCAGCAAAACCUUACCAAACAAACAGGCUUAUCCAAGAAUACCAGUAGUAUCCCAAGAAGCGAGUCCGCAUCUAAAGGACUGAAUCAGAUGAGUAACGGCAAUGGAGCUAAUAAAAAGGUAGAACUUUCUAGAAUGUCUUCAACUAAGUCAAGUGGAAGUGAAUCAGAUAGAUCAGAAAGACCUGCAUUAGUACGCCAGUCUACUUUCAUCAAAGAAGCCCCAAGCCCGACCCUAAGGAGGAAACUGGAGGAAUCUGCCUCAUUUGAAUGCCUCUCUCCGUCUUCUAGACCAGAUUCUCCCACCAGGUCCCAGGCACCGACCCCAGUCUUAAGUCCUUCUCUUCCUGACAUGUCUCUGGCCACACAUCCGUCCGUUCAGGCCGGUGGAUGGCGAAAGCUCCCACCUAACCUCAGCCCCACCAUCGAGUAUAAUGACGGGAGAGCAGCAAAGAAGCACGACAUCGCCCGCUCCCACUCGGAAAGCCCUUCCAGACUGCCCGUCAACCGGGCGGGGACCUGGAAGCGGGAGCACAGCAAACACUCCUCGUCCCUGCCCCGAGUGAGCACCUGGAGGAGAACCGGAAGCUCCUCCUCCAUUCUUUCCGCCUCCUCCGAGUCCAGUGAAAAAGCCAAAAGUGAGGAUGAAAAGCAUGUAAGCCCCAUGCCAGGACCCAGACAGAUGAAAGAAAACCAGGUCCCCACAAAGGGAACGUGGAGGAAAAUAAAGGAGAGUGAAAUUUCUCCCACAAACCUGGCGUCUCAGACCACUUCCUCAGGUGCUGCCAAUGGUGCUGAAUCAAAGACUCUGAUUUAUCAGAUGGCACCUGCUGUUUCUAAAACAGAGGACGUUUGGGUGAGAAUUGAGGACUGCCCCAUUAACAACCCUAGGUCUGGAAGAUCUCCCACGGGUAACACUCCCCCCGUGAUUGAUAGUCUUUCAGAAAAGGGAAAUCCAAGCAUUAAAGAGUCAAAAGAUACCCAGGGAAAACAGAGUGUGGGCAGUGGCAGUCCUGUGCACGCUGGGGGUCUGGAAAACCGCCUGAACUCCUUUGUUCAGGUAGACGCCCCAGAACAGAAAGGAGCUGAGACGAAGCCCGGGCAGAGUAACCCUGUCCCUGCAGCGGAGACCAGUGAGACUUGUGUAGUGGAGCGCACCCCGUUCAGUGCAAGUAGCUCCAGCAAACACAGUUCACCUAGUGGGACUGUUGCUGCCAGAGUGACGCCUUUUAAUUACAACCCAAGCCCUCGGAAGAGCAGUGCGGACGGCACUUCAGCCCGGCCAUCUCAAAUCCCAACACCCGUGAGCAGCACCACCAAGAAGCGAGACUCCAAGACCGACGGCUCGGAACCCAGUGGGGCCCAGAGUCCGAAGCGCCAUUCUGGGUCUUACCUUGUGACGUCCGUCUAAAAGCUCAAGAAGGACAAACGGAGGAGAAGCUGGCGUUUAUCACAACUGCUGUAUAGAGACUUUAUUUCAAAGAAGACUUUAAAGGUGGAAAAGUUCUGUAAAUAGGUUUGCUUCUUGUUAGAGGGGUUUUGUUCUGGAAAUCAUAUUUGAUAGUCCACUUUGUUCUCACUGGUCAUUUUGGAAGGCACUCUUGUUAGGUAGGAAAAAGAAAACAAAAAACGGUCAAGCCAAGUAUAUUUGUACAGUAUGUUUUACAUGUAUUUAAGUAGCAUCCAUUCCAUGUCCUUUAAUUAUCGCUUAACACUACAGAUAGAAACUAUAUGAUAUAUUGCUGUAUCAAUCAUUUCUAGAUUAUAAAAUAAACUUACAUCAGGGAGAAAUUGGUAUUUAUGCAAAAAAUAGCCCUUGUGAAUCCAUCUAAUGUCAUAAUUAAUCAUGUGGCUGUGAAAUUCACAGUAAUAUGGUUCCCAAUGAAUAUGUUUACCCAGCCUGCUUUGCUUUAGUGCAUGAAUGAAACUGAUGGUUCCAUUUCAGAAGUAAUGAUUAAUGAUUCUGUGGUCACAUGGUGUGCAUAGGAUAGCUACAGUGUAACGAUUCACACUAUUUUGUGCUCAGAUCUGUGUAACUGUAAAACAUGAACGGAACUAUUUUAACUGGACUAGAUUUUAUCGAAAGUAGGUAGAAGUUUUGCUAUGCUGUAACUGUUGUAUAUUCUGGUAUUUGAGGUGAGAUGGCUGCUCUUUUAUUAAUGAGACAUGAAUUGUGUCUCAAACUAAAUGAACAUUUCAGAAUAAAUUAUUGCUGUAUGUAAACUAUUACUGAAAUUGGUAUUUGUUUGGAGGGUCUUAUUUCACAUUUGUAUUAAUUGUCAAAAGGGCCUCUUUUAAAAGCUAAAUGUAAAUUUUUUUCUUCAGAUUCUAUGCAUUAAGAGUAAAAUCUCCUCUUGCUGUAAUAAAGACAGUUGAAGAAGAUUGUUGGCACUUAACCAUUCCUAGAAUUUAUUUUUAUGUAAUUAGCACCUCUCAAUGUUUGGUAUUUCUCCACUUUUUUUUUUUUUUUUUUACUCCUUUAGAGUUUGAUUAAAAUAAAUGUCUAUAAUAGCACAAGACUAGGCACUGGACAUAUAGGCCCACAUAGACUAUCUCCUUUUCCUUAAUAAGAUUCCUACUUGAAACAUUGAUUUUUGACAGGUACCAGUUGUGUCUGUCCGGCUUCCCCAUGCCUGUCAUCUUACCCUGUCCUCUCUCCAUGUGGACACUGGGUCUGAAAUGCAUGCCUAUCAUCACCCUAUAUGUUAAAGCAGGUUUUUUCUGCCAGGUAUAAUCAGUAUUUUCUCGUACUCAAAAAAGUCAACGAAAUGUCAAAAAGAUAAAUUUAAUGCUGUUACGAUAAUUUUUGAAGAAAGAUAUUCAAAAGAGGGCCAGUGAGAUGGCUCAGUGGCUAAGGGUGAUUGCCACCAAGCCUGAAGACCCAGUUCAGUUCACAGGACCCACAAGGUCAAAGAAAAGAACCAACUCUCCGAAGUUAUUCUGACUGCCACACACCUGCUAUGCCACAUGUGCGUGUGUGUGCACACAAUUUCAUAAGCUCUUCAAAGGGAUAGCUAGGGUUAACAAGAUGGCGCAGCAGGUAAAGCUCGGUAACCUGAAGCCUGUCCCCAGAAGCCAAGUAAGAGUGGAAGCCACCCUCUAACCUCCACACAUGUGCCAUAAUAAAUUGAAAGUCAAAAGAUUUCCUUAAUUUCUACCCUCUAAGGACAACUCUAUUUUUAAUGGGUACAGUGAUGGGAUGUUUUAAGUGCCCACUUCCCAUAUGGCAGAGAGAGUCCGUCAUGAAUGAGAAUACACGGAUACAUUUCACUAGCCAAGAGUUUUAAUUUUUGUCAGGCUUUAUCUGAAGUUUGUUUUGUUUUUGUUUAAACAAUAUUCCAUCAUGUUCUCUGAGGCUGCCAUAAGCAAUGAAAGAUGAGAAUAUAGGUCAGACCUGUCUUUCCUUCAUUCCUAGUUUUCCAUUAGAAUUGCUGCACGCCUGUUUUUAUAAGCUACUUCAAGUAGUUGUGUGGAAAGAGAUGAAGUAUUAGUUAGAAUAAAUUGCUUUUUAGUACAUGUCUUUAAAAAUCCAUGUUGGAAGUAAAGAGUUCACUCCACCGGUUGGAGACUCAAAUCCCAUGGCAGCCCUACUGGUGAGGGUCUGUUGUUGCUUGAGGAUGAAGUGGUUAAAGAGGUCUGCCUCAGUUCUGCUCUGAGAAGUUCACUGGGUGAUGAUGUCUUAACUGGUAGAAGCCAAGUGCUCCCACUUUUGCUUCUGUGACGGCACACUAAGCCCAGUGUUGAGGAUUGGUUACUAGUUAGGAUGCUAGUGAGAGAGCAGGAGCCUAUUUAGCUUUGGACCACAGCAAAGAAAACGUAAGGUAGCAGUUUUCAGACAGGCGUGUUUGGAUCACCAAAAAUACUUGUUAAAUCACAGCCGAGCCACAUACCCCAGUUUGAUAGAGUUGAUCUGGAGAGGGCUAUUGAGAAUUUGCAUCUCUAAUGAGUUUAGGGUGAUAGUGGGCUUACGGUAUGGGGACCAUACUUGGAGAAUUACUGCCCUUCAGUAGCCACAGCACAGCUCUUAACGCCUAAACAGCUGGACUUUUAAUCUGCCGAGUUAACUCUCCUUGGCAUGAAAGACUUGAAUACUGAAUUGUCCAAUUUCAUAGCCUGAGUCAGCUCACAGUAAGGAGUAAACUCGCCACACUAACGAACACCCACUGCAUCUGAGGAUCAGCUCGUGUCCCCUUUGAAUCAGCGCCUGAAAAAUGAGCCUUAACAAUAUGUGACUUGGAUGUGCAGUAAGAGACUAUGAAAAGGGAAAUUUGAGAUGAGGGAAGAUGGGUUGUAGGUGAAAGGAAAAUAAUUGGUGUGUCAGUGCACAGUAAAAGUGAUUCAUUGAUAAUAAACUUCACAGGUUACCAGGGCACUAAUAAAGUAAAUAAUGAAAUAAAAGAUGGGCCCUGUGGGUACCAACCAGCACUGUUGAGUACGGUCAGAAUUUUCUUUAUUUUGUAGAAUGGAUCAUCUUACCACAGUUGAUUGAAAAAUGAGUUUGUUGCUGAAAACAGGAGAUAGUUGCCAGGGUUUCUUUGCAGCUGAGAAAAGAAUAGAGUCCCAGAAAUGCAAUGAUUAAACUAUAGCUGAAGACGGGUUUGCAUGGUCAGAUAAUUAAAUCUACCAAACAACUUUUCAAGAGUCAAGGAGCUGAAAUAGUGUGUGUUCUUUCUCACUUUCUAGUAAGCCUGUUUCCCUCACAUGUUAGAAUACUACUUUAUAAUGUGAAAAUCUGAACUGUCACUUCUGUAAACCCAGGUCAUUUUCCUGCUGUUCUCCUAACUCUGAUCUAUAAAAACACGUUCUGCUUUCUGUUAGGUCAUGGAUGCAUCUUUCAAACUGUGUGUUCUGUAUGUGUAAUACUGUUCUUGGUGCUAAAUAUACUCUUUCCUCUGAUAUUCAGGAUAAUUUUUCUCUAUAUUUCUGUUCACUUGUUUUCUUGAAGUUACCUGAUUGUUAUUUUUAAUUAAAAAUACUUAAUGUAUACUAGUAAAGGUUGCCGUUGAAUAUAA